UCCCUUUAGUUGAUGUCAUGAGCUCUCGUCGGUACAUUCAGUGUCUUUAAGUGUCGCCAAAGCGAUCGUUAGUGUUAUUUGUUCAUCAUCAUGACAUCCAAACCUCUUGUUGUCGGACUGAUCCUGGUCUAUUUUAUCAUCGCGGUGCAUCUGACUUUAAAAAUUGAUGGGGUCGACAGUUUCAGAAGCAGUGUUAGCAGAUGGAAACGACAAAUCCCAUUUUUUAGUAGUUGGUGGGGAUCCAGUUCGACAAAUAAACCGGAUAAUGUGAGAAGAAGUAGUUACCAUGGCAGCUCAAAACAGGGACAUAGUUCAAAUUCGUACGUCUCAUUCCUUCCCGAUAAGCUGCCGUCUUAUCAAAAUCGGAGUACCAGUACCAAUAACGGGAAGGGAGUUUCCGAGCGGGACUCGAGAUUUUUGUCGCUCUUCACGCUGGUAAAAUUCGACAACUCGGAGUGUCUCUCGACCAGUGGGGACAAUGGGACGUGCUUUCCACAAGCGGAGUGUUACCGACGGGGUGGCGCUGUAAAUGGAAGGUGUGCGAAAGGGUACGGUGCAUGCUGUGUGUUCUCGAAAACCUGUGGAGCCUCAACCAACCAAAAUGGUACUUAUUUCACCCAUAAUGGACUCACUAACCCGGGUGGUUCUUUCGAUGGAACUGGCAGUUGUCAACUUACGGUGUACAAGUGUUCCCCAGAUGUGUGUCAAUUAAGACUCGACUUUGACUCUUUCGUGCUUGCCCAACCGUCAAUUAACGGAAUAUGCAACAACGAUCAGUUCAUUGUUUCCGGUGCUUCGACAGCCGUUCCAAUCAUUUGCGGCGUGAAUACUGGAAAUCACAUGUACAUCGACGUGGGCGUGGACAACAGCCCCGUUACGAUAAGCAUGGUGACCAGUGGACCCACAUAUUCUAGAUCUUGGAAAAUAAAAAUUACUCAGAUUAAAUGCAGAGAUUUGGGAAAAGCUCCGGAAGGGUGUCUGCAAUACUACCGGGGAGUCAGUGGAGUCAUUCGUUCUUACAAUUUCGACUUCACGUCAGGCCAACAGCUCUCCAAUCAGGAUUACACUUCAUGUGUCCGUGUUGAACGAAACUUCUGCGGGAUUCGGUACACUGCUUGCAAUGAUAAUGUUCAAUUCAGCAACAUACAGCCAACGACGACUCAAAGGUCGAGGGCGUUCUUCCUAACGGGACAAGGUCAAACUGGUUCGGUCACGGGGGCAAACCAGUGUCCGACUGAUUGGAUUACCAUUCCAUGCGCAACAAACUCUGGUCGGACUCAGCAGUCGGGUGGGGCCGUCUGUCAGGACAGAAUUUGUGGCGAUGUUUUCAAUUCCGAGACCAGCACAAACCCAAGUCCAGUUUACAGUUACGUAAAACCGUUUCGAAUCCACUACCACACCGAUGGAAAUGAGACAGGUGAUACUGGAAAUCGUGGUUAUUGCCUCAACUACAUUCAACAACCAUGCAGCAUUAUUCGAUAAGAAAGAGUUACAAGCAAAAUGCUGUUAAAUCAUAACCAUUACAUUGUUCGUUUAACUCUGUACAAAAUGCACCUGUUUUAAUUCCUGUAAAUCUCGUAAUUAAAUUACAAAUUGUUUUUAUUACCUGUUUUUAUAUUUGUUAAAUACUUGAAGUAAAUUUGUAGUAAAUAAACAUGUUGAAAAACAUCAA